UUCAACAAUGUCUGCUGGUAUGUAACAGAUUACCAUGAUAGUGAAGAUGAUCAGCCUCCAUAGCAUCAAACAACAGUGGGAGUGAGGUUCAGCAAGAUACAUGAGGUUGGCGGAUAUUCAGCACAACCAACCACGAUCCAGAAGAACAACUCAACGACCAAGAAUGAUGAAUGAAAAACGAACCCCAGCGAAAUUGAUGGGAAUGGAUGUACUUUACUUGUCAUUACGUAUAGCAUUCAAUACUAACAAUUAGGUCCAAUUAGAGAUGGCUCCCAAGUUUUUGGUGUUGCCCGUAUCUUUGCUUCUUUCAACGAUACCUUCGUUCACGUCACUGAUUUGUCUGGUAAGGAAACCAUCUCCAGAGUCACCGGUGGUAUGAAGGUCAAGGCUGACAGAGAUGAAUCCUCCCCAUACGCCGCUAUGUUGGCUGCCCAAGAUGUUGCCCAAAAAUGUAAAGAAGUUGGUAUUACUGCCGUCCACAUCAAAUUGAGAGCUACUGGUGGUACCAAGACCAAGACCCCAGGUCCAGGUGGUCAAUCCGCUUUGAGAGCCUUGGCCAGAUCUGGUUUAAGAAUCGGUAGAAUCGAAGAUGUUACCCCAGUUCCAUCUGAUUCCACCAGAAGAAAGGGUGGUAGAAGAGGUAGAAGAUUGUGAUUUUGCUAUUACUUCAUAUAAUCUAUAAUAUAAGAAUCGGUUGAAAAGUCAUGUCUUCAUUUUGGGGUAUAAUCACCACCUCAAUUCUGGGUUCCAAUUUCUUUACAUAGUAAAGUCCAAAAUGUACAUUUAUAAA